UCCUGUAAUCUUUCCUUGUUACCGUUAAAUUUUGCAUUAUUUAUGUAAUUUUGUUGUGCAGGUAUGGUAAGGUUUAGGUUUCUUUUUUUUCUUUUUCUUUUUUUUUUUUUUUGUUUUGUUUUGUUUUUAAAUGCCGUUAAAUGCCGCCCAUCUAUACGCCUCCCCUUUUACGAGAAUCUCGACGGUAAAAUUUUCCAGACUGAAAAUAUCCCGAAAUAAUUUGUCGCACUAACCAAGCUAAUGAAUUGGUUUUAAUUUUUUCGUCAACGAUGACGAAAUUUUUUAAAGAGAAAUUUGCAGUUUGUGGGUUUGGAAGACGGUUUUUUAGCCAACCAAUCAGAAAAAUUAAAUUUUUCCUUUUUGGGCAAAAUUGUUGCCCGUUAUCCAUUUUGUACCUGUAACCGCAGUGUGGAAAAAAAUUUUACGUAGCCUAAUGUUUAUGAUUUUUUUUCGUGUUAUUUAAGCAAUAUUUAAAGUUACUAAUGGUUGUAUUUGGUAUGGAUUUCGGCGGAAAUUCUUCUGCAAGAAAUCGAUUUAAAGAUAUUAUUAUAAAUGUUCAUCAACAGCAGAAAACGCGGGAUUUAUCGCUGACUGAUCUAAAUGCUCUGGUUUUCUUGGCAUAAAGCAAGUGCUAAGAGACAUAAAAGGAUAAAAGAACUUUUUUAAAAAAUGAAAAAGUAGAACAUCUGUGUAAGAAUGAAAAUGUCUGUUUCUCCUGAAGAAUCAUCUCCUGUUACGUAUGUUACAGAGUCAUGUUGUGUAUGUGAUGAAGAAUUUUCAUCUGACACUGAACUUUCAAAUCAUUUGGUGGAGCAUGCAAAUGAUGAAGAAUUUCAGUCAAAACUUAAAGAAGCAGAACAAAAUGUAAACAAAUCUUCCACAAAUCGUGUCGCUGCUGAGUAUACAAAGACCGGUUUUGUGAAAGAACAGAAUGCAAGGAAAAGUGCUGUACCACGAUCGUCAUCUCCAGAAGUAUGGGAAAUUGUCAGUGAUGAUUCAGAUGAUGACGCUAAAAAAAGUAGCAAAGUACCGAAGCUUUCGAAUAGUUUUCGAUUAGUGAGUACACCAAAUAAAACACAGACUACUCCUGCCAUUGAACCAACUGUGACAACUCCAGUUACAGAACCAGGUCCUCCUUAUAACUGUCGGAUUUGCAAAACAGUGUUUCAGGAUCUAAAAACGUUUCAAGAACAUUUGUUAACGCAUGAGAAACCUAGACCAUAUGUGUGUCAAAUUUGUAAUAAAUCAUUUGCAUAUAAGGGAACAUUACGUCAACAUUUGCAUAUGCACAUAGGAGAAAAAUCUCAUGAAUGCAAAGUUUGUCACAAGAAGUUUUCAAUCAAAAGCCUUCUGCGUAAGCAUGAAGAAACUCAUGAUAUGCAACUGAUGAAUGAAAGAUUAAACAGUUCUCAGUUAAAAGUCUAAAAAGCAAAUCUGUGCAUAAGUCCUUCAUAUGUGUUUUUUAUUUAGAUUUUAAAGCCAUAUUUAAAAGAGGUCAUGUAUGAAAGUUGCCAAGUUUACGGUUAAGUCACAUUUUUGAAAUUUAAAGAAGUGCUUUUUUAUGUCAUUUAUACGUUUAUAAUUUUUCUCUAUGCAUUUUAAAUCUGUGUUGAUAGAAAGUAAGUAAUGUUACAUUUACAUGUAAGACUGGGAAUGUCAUCAUUAAUUCGUUCAGUUUCUUUUAUAAAAAAUGUCUUAUAAUGUAUGCUCAUAUAUUUUCAUUUAUGCUGAAAUAAUGCAAUCGAAAGUGGUCCGAAUUCCAAGCUAAUUGCAGUAUAUGAGUGCAGUUGUCUUAAUGAUCCUCUGAAUAAUAAAUUCAAUUCAUUUUUUGUUUAGUCCUUCCAAGUUUGAAGUUAUUAAUUUUCUUAAUGUAAACUUCUUAGUUUGAACUCUACCAGAUUUUACAAGUGUUUACACUUGUGUGCUAGACUGAUAAAUGUGAUAUGCAUUAAGAAGAAACAUGCUCUCAAAAGAGAUGCAGUGUAGAACCUGAAAGCAUUCUUUCAAGUUUCACCCUCUCUUUCUAUUUUAACUUAGUAAGCAAAAGUAAAUACAGAACUAAGGGAGAUAUAUUGCCAAUGAUGGAGCCAUAUUUUAUUAUAUUUUCAAAAAUGAAUACUAUACUUAAAUUUAAGUAAUAUUUCCAGUUGGAUUUUAUGCUGAUCAUCAGUGUGUUUUGCAAUAAGCAGAAAUUUGUAUUGAAUAAAGUUUCUUCGGAAUGGAAACUUUCUGUUAUUUAUAUAUUAUAUUUUAAGAGCUAAAAAUGGUCUUGUUUUGUUAUGUUGCUGGCUUUGGGUUCUUGCUUGAAAACUUAAGCUUGAAAUGGGUGUCCAUUAUUUAACCCAUUGAAAUCUAGGGCCCUGGUUAUUAGUAAAGGGCUGGUGAUUUGCAAAAACAUCUGCAUAUUGGUCUUGUUUUGUUAUAUUUCUAGUUUUAAUUAUUGGCCUUGUCAUAAAUUGGCAUCUUUUCUGUUAUUAAAAAAAUGCACUUAAUAAUUCUUACCAUAUUUUCUAAUAUAGUUUCUUAGAAUUUGAAUUAUUGUGAUUUCUUAUCUAAAAUACUUUUAAAAUGGUUGUACCAAAUGAUGUAAAUCCAAAAUUUUAUUCUUGAAUUCUUGAAUCUUUUGAAUUACUGAUCCUCUUCCCUUGAACUGAAAUUUUUAAAGAUGUGACUUAAUGAAUCAAUGAAUCACAGAAGAAUUAUUAAUUGUUUCGUAUUAGAAAUGUUUUGCUAACUCUUUCAGUGUAGUCUAUACAGACUAUACUGAUGAAAGAGCCUUUGUUUAUAUACAGACUAUACCUAGAAUAUUUUUUGUUUAUAUUAAAUAAUUCUGUGAGUCAUUUAAAGGUACCACUGUCAUAACAUUUCUUUUGUUCAAAUAAGAAAUGGAUUUCUGCAAGUAGAACAUAUGUAUCGAUAUUAAAAUAAAUUCAAAAUCAUAUUCACCAUUAGAAUAAUGACUUAGUGUUUUUUCCCCUUUUGAAAUGGGGAAAAAAGGAGGGGGAAAUACUUGUAAAAAGUAAUUAGGAAAUGAAAUUACCCAAUUCACCACAUAAACCAACAUUGUGUAAAAAAAAAUCAUACAAAAAAUACACAAUAGAAAAGCACAAAUGAAAUUUCAUUAGGAAGUUAGUAAAUGAGAAAAAUAAAAGAAAAAUGCCUGUUUCUUUUGAAUUGACUAUUCCAAAAAUAUAAAAAAUUAUAAUCUUAAAUCAGGGAAACAAAUUAAAUGAAAUCAAUACAUUCAUCAUUCCAACAUCAACAGGCUGAAAUGAAAAACACACCUUGCUCAAAACUGACCAUUGAACAGUACAGUAAAACCAUACCAAACACGGGGGUUUAUGUUAUUAACGUAUUAUGCAGUCAUAUUCUGCAGAGUUAAUUUUCUGGGGAGAAAUGAAUAUGGGUUAGAUGUAGUUCAAAUUAAGAAAGUAUCUAUAAUUCAUACAAACUUUGUAAUUUAAAAAGAAAAAAAAAAGCUCCUUAGACUUUAAAUGUUAGUUGAUUUUAUUACUACUUAAUAAGUACAUGAUAAAAUUAUUCUCUUAAAAGUCAAGUGAUUUUUGCUUAAGACAAUGACUAGCACAAUUCUUUAAAUGUUUGGUGGUGAGGAAAACAGAGUUUUUCAAUUCCUCUCUUAAAAUGCCCUCCUAUUUUUUCAGUUGGGUCAAUCUUCAUAACAAAAUCAGACAGGUCCUGUGCAUUUUCUGACAAUUUGUGUAACUUCUUGUAUGCUAAAGGCUCUUUAUUUUCUUCACUAUUGCUCCUUUCAUUGUUGGCUGGUGUCAUUGUUGGUCCAAUUCUUUGUUGUCAUUCUCCACUAAUUCUUUAAUUUCUUCUUUUUCCAUAUCUGAAAAUUAUUUGCCACCUAUUGCUUUUGAAAUUUGUGUGAUUUCCUUGGCUUCAUUUCCAAUUGAUGGAAAUCCUUUAAAAUUGUUGAGAACUUCUGUUCAGUGCUGAUGGCAGCAAGCAUUCAUUGUUGAAAAAUAAACUUUGUCCCAUCAAAUUUUUUUUUUUUUUUUUUUUUUUUUUUGUUGAAUUGCUUUCAAAAUACUGGAGCUCAUUGGAUCUCGGCUCCUGUGCUUCUUAAUUUGUGUAAUAAAUCAUAAUUCUAGCCAGAACACACCGGAGCCCUGAAUAAGAAGGCUGCGGCACUUCUUUUAUGUAGUUGAAUAACAAUUUCAGCAGCAAUUUUAUUUUAACAAUAAAAUUAUA